GCGCGAUGUCCGAUCCCUAUGAGACGCGUCUGCCUUGAACGCCACGCGCCGCUGGUCUUCCAGGUUGGUUCAUGUUCAACACAUGCACAUCGCCGCACUGCAAUAAUCUGGAUUACUGCACCCGUGCGGGCGAACCCAAUACACGCUCUAGUAUAGCACGUCUCUGGCCUUGUGUAAUGCCUUCAUGAUGCCUGCCGUCGGUGACCAACAUAAGUCUAGCGGGCAGCACAGCACGAACCCCUUCGAAGAACAGAGGCCGCGGAUUUCGGAAUACACAGCUCAGGAGAUUGCCACCUUACAAAGCCGGCUGGACAAACAAUUAGGACCAGAAUAUAUAUCUGCGCGAGCGGGUCCGGGUGGUUCAAGAGUACACUACCUUUCCGCCGACAAGGCCAUCAGUCUCGCGAAUGAAGUGUUUGGAUUCAAUGGCUGGAGCAGUUCGAUUCAAAACAUCCAGAUCGACUUUGUCGACGAGCACCCUCAGACAGGAAAGAUCACUCUAGGGCUUUCGGUUAUUGUGCGCGUCACAUUGAAGAACGGCACGUAUCAUGAAGAUAUCGGAUAUGGCCAGAUUGAGAAUUGCAAGGGCAAAGCGGCGGCUUUUGAGAAGGCCAAAAAGGAAGGGACCACAGACGCACUCAAACGAGCGCUGAGGAACUUUGGAAACGUUCUGGGCAACUGCGUGUACGACAAAGGAUAUCUGGCCAAGGUCACCAAGAUGAAGGUCGGCGCACCAAAGUUCCAUCCUGACAACCUUCAUCGUCAUUCCGACUUUGCACCUAAGAAGCAAGAGGAGGAUGUCAAGCCAACCGUACAAGGAGGACUGCAACUGCCACAGGAGUCAUCGACCGAAUUCGAUGAUACCUUUGACCUGGAUGAUUUCGAGGUGGCCGACUUUGAUGGAAUUGAUACUGAGCACCCGGACGAGGUAGCGUUGCCCGCAGACUCAGCAGCGAGUAACAGAAAUCCGUCUAAUUCAUCAGAUCGGAUGCCGCCGCCAUCUAGAGAUGAUCUGACAACACCGUCAAAACCACCUGUUGCUGCCGGGCCGUCUUUACGAGCAGGACCUCCUCCGCGGCAAGCUCAGGGUGCGGUUGCUUCGAACAUCAUCCCUCAUCCACUACCACUACCUGGCCAACGGUCAGCGGUGGCCACGGCGACGGCGACGACGGCGGCGGCAAAAGGUCCACUCAAUAAGCAGGCGACCGGCACUGGACCAGAACAAAGACCGAACUCCGAUGACAUGUCCCGAUCUUCCUCCCCCAGCGUGCCAUCACAGAACUUGGCCAACGCGACCAAUGGGCAGAACAACUCUAAUCCUCCUCUUGUUGCUGGCUUCUACUCUGCCAAAGCUGCAGGACACAUAGAUCAAAACAACAACAUCAUCGCGGCGUCUCCGGCCGCAGUGCCCAAGUUCAAUCCGCACGCCGAAAGCCCGUCGAUCCGCAAAACGUCCGGCGUCCCGCACAACAGAUCAAUCCCAUUGAAACGCGACUUGACGCCCGACACCACCAACCUGGCAACUAGUAUCAUCAACCCACAAGCAGAUCCGAGCAGAAGGCUGGGUGUCCCCGGUGCAAAUUUGAACAGCCCUCUCCCAGGGAUCAGAGGACCGAGCACUUCGGCCUAUAGGCCACCAACGAGGCGUGGCGGGCCGGGGCCUGACUCCAGCACCAUAGCUGCGCCGCAGCCGCCUUCAAAUGCAGCAGUAGAAGGUGAUCGAGCGGCGCCCGGCGUGGCGAAAAGGACACCACUGGGAGAUGUGAGUAAUGUACAGCAGCAUGCCCAUGCCACCACAGCAACUACGUCGGAUGGAGUCGAUGCGAAAAGACUCACGGUGGCAGGCGCACCUCCGCCACAAGUGGAUGCGGCGCAUGAAACAACAAAUGCUACUUCCGGCAAUGGAUGAAGAAAGAAAAAAGAAAAAACGCAGCGAAUCCGGUCUUUGAUUCACUCUUUUGGAGGGGUUAGGUUGUUUGGCGUCUCACAGUUUCAACAGUAAGGUAAGCGGACAGCACUUAGCAGUUGUUAGUCGAAAAGCUAUGAUCUCGCCGAACCAGGGAUGCGUACAUCUACUGCUACACAACUCGCCGCCUUUUCUUUUUGUUUGGUCUUUCUGGCGCUGGCCCUUGUAGAGAGAGUCAUCUUUUUCUAAAUCCUGGGGCGGAUGUUCCCAUUUCCGAUGCUCAGAUACUCUACGAAGCGAAGCGAAGCGAAGCAACGCAAAAUAAUGCGUCGAAUGGAGCGGAUGAAAGAUGGAGAUAGAGAUGGUAUUUUCGCUGAUGACAGCAGUGUAAUGAUAGGUUUAUGAGCAGCCCAAAGAUAUCCAAGACAUAGUAUGCAGUGGCAGCCUUCGGCCAUGGUUCCUUUCUUCCA